GGUCCGUGGCAGCUGCUGUCAUGCCUCUGCAUUUGCCCGGGCUGACGCAGCGGCUCCCAACAGCCUUUUUUUAAUUUUCCCUCUGUAUCGCCGGCUCAUCCCAGAUCGCGGUGCGUGCGCAGGAGGCGCUCGCUGCCUGGGGACAAGGCGGAGCAGCCGCGCCGCGGCGAUGACCGAAGCAGGCGCUUUGCCCACUUGCGCGCCCGCCCGCUGCGCCGGGCCGAAGUGAGGCCCUGCCGUAGCGGCCGGGGGUGGGGCUGAGCCCGGCGCCGCGGGGAAGAGGCGGGCGCCCCGGCUGCCCCCCGCGGGCCCGGGGCUCCCGCCCGGGCUCGGGCAGGACGGGCGGCGCUGCCGAGCCGCCGCUGCGCCCCGGGACGCGGGGGCGGGUGGAGGCCGGCCGCGCCGGCGCACAAGAGCGGCCCCGCCAUGGCCCCGCGGCGGGCGCGGGUCUCCCGCAGCGUCUGCUUCAGCGCCUGCCACCGGCUGCACAGUAAAUCCCUGAGUGAUGAAGAAAACCUGAAGCUGUUUGGGAAAUGCAAUAAUCCAAAUGGCCAUGGGCACAACUAUAAAGUUAUAGUCACUGUGUGUGGAGAGAUUGACCCAGUCUCAGGAAUGGUUAUAAACCUGACAGACCUGAAAGAAUAUAUGCAGGAGGCGAUCCUGGAACCACUUGACCACAAAAACCUGGAUAAGGAUGUGCCGUACUUUGCUGAGGUUGUGAGCACCACAGAGAACGUUGCAGUAUUCAUCUGGGAAAACCUCAAGAAGCUUCUGCCUGUGGGAACUCUUUAUAAAGUCAAAGUGUAUGAAACGGACCAGAACAUUGUUGUUUAUAAAGGAGAAGAAACAAUCUCUGAGAACUGAAAUGAACUUAAGCUCAAAGUGUCAGAAACUGUGCUGCAUAAUCAGAUCAGUGGAUUACUUCAACCCUGCUCACUGUAUUUCCUGCACCUAGACAUCGGUUAUGUAUUAUGUUAGGACAAAUACAGAUGUUUCACAAGAAUUCUUGCAGCCAUCUAGCAAUUCAGGUUCUCAGAAUUUGUUGAUUUGUUUUUCUCAAGACCUUCCUGUUUUGCAAACCCAAGCCACCAAGCUGAUGUGAAAUUUACAACUGUGCCAUGUUAAAUGAAGCAGCUUUCUAGAGAGAAGAUGGCCUGGCAAAAUGUAUGUCCUGUCUGGCCACAAAAGGCUUUGAUUUUUCUCUAAUUAAACAUUGGAUUAAUUUAUGAUUUUUAAUAGCCUA